AUGUAAAAAGUUGCUUUGGCUCUAUACGAGUACAUUAAUAAGAAGUAUGUGACCAAGAUGAUACGUAGAUCGGAAGAGCUCUAUUCAAGGCAGAUAGAAUUCGAGAUGGGGGAAUCAGUGAAUUUGAAAGGAAUAGCAUCUGCUGAAUUGCACAAUGGAAUUCAUUCGUAUCUCUCCUACUCACAAAUACUGGGAGAGUAUGCCAACCGUCCAGGGAACUGGAUAUUCAUCAUAACCAACAUAGUUUGUCUAUCGAUCAUCGAUUUGAAGGGCGAGGACUUUUCACUAUUCUAUCAAUUUGUCAUUCCCUUAUUGGUGGGUAUUGCCAUGUACUUAAUAAAGAUGCUCUAUUAUUCAAUGAUCAAACAUCAACAAGACAAACAAAUCAACAAGAGAAGAGUGACCAUAUUCAAAAGGUUAAAGAGAAUCAACUCAACAAAUAAGACUAUCGUUCACGAGGACACAAAACACCCUAACAACAAUGAUAUCAUCCUCUUUUCGGCUCCACGCAAAUAAGACGUAUACAAACCGAUGAUAAUUUCGUCGUUCAGAGAUGAAAAGAAGGUCUAAUCAACUCCAAGACCGGAACAGAAAGUAUAGAUAUUUGAAACAGUCUGUUGGGAUGAAGUGGAAGUGGGUGACAUAGUUGUAUUGUAAAGAAAUGAGAUCUCUCCAGCAGAUCUAUUGAUUUUGGAAUCCAAUUCAGAUCAUUGCAAUGUUGAUGUUGCCAACUUCACUGGUAAUACCAAUCAGAUAUACAAAUCACCCAACAUCUUAACCAGCAUGUCCAGAAUGCAUCAAUUUAAGAAUAACUCCUUUGAGUAUCGACUUUUACUAAGUGGUAAAGUCAAUUAUGAUAGGAACAACAACGACAAAUCCUUAUAUUCAGGCUUUGUGAGACUCAAAAACGAUCCUCAAGCCAUUGACAUUAAAAAAGAGAACAUCCUCUUCAGAGAACAACUCCUAUUGAAUUGCGAUUACAUCUACGGAUUGGUCCUCUUUGCUGGAUUGAGUUGUCGCUACUACUACAAUUAGCCCAAGACAAGAGUGAAUCACUCUUUCUUUUACACCAAAGUUGACAGGUUCUUUUAAUUCACUCUAGUCCUCUUGAUUGUCCUCUCCUUUGCCUCUUGGAUGACGGAAUCAUUAAGGUUUAUGGCUUAUGGUCGAUCAUGGAGUCUUCAAACCUUGUGUAAGUAUCUUUUGGGAUAUCUUAAUAUGAUCCCCUACUAUUUACACUUUAUGUUUGAUUUCAUGACUUUAUGUACAAUGAUAUUUAAAUAGUACUAAUUCCAAAAGCAUUCAACUCAACCCACUCCAAAGACCUGCGACUCCACUCCUUUGCAAUUGUCAUCCAACUAUCAGAGAAUCAAUGACUCCCCUCUAGCUGAUCUAAGUUUAAUAGACAGUGUGAUAUUUGAUAAGACUGGUACAAUGACCAUUCCUUCUUUCAAGUUGAAGAUGAUUCAUUUCAAUGAUCAAUUGUUCUCCAUCAAACACAAAACAUUUGAUGAUUUGUAUGAGUGGAAAACCUACCAACAACAACAGCAGGACAACCAGGAACUCCAACAAUUCUUGAUGAAGGAAUCCCAAUCUCAAUAAAAGGAGGCCUCUCAAGUGAGGAUCUCUCCAAAACCCAAACAAAUGAAACGCAUCUCCAAACACCCAUCAAUCAGGCCUGUUUAAUAAGAGGAAUUGCAGGUACCCUCCAAUCAGGAAAAUUGUGAUACCAACAACAACGACUAAGCUAAUUUUGACCCUGAAGAAAUAAUCGAUGAUAACUUCAAAUUGAGAGACAUACAUCGAAGUAAACAACCUAAAAUAUUUCAGGAUUCAUGGGGAUCAAACACAGAUAUCAACAAUUAUGGAUAAGGAAGUGGAGUCUAAUAAUAUUUAUAAUAAUAGCAGCAAAAUAGCAAUAUGAAUAUCAAUAGCAUCUAAUAGUAAAGUAGCAACAAUAAUAUCAACAAUCAAUAGUAAUAAAUCAGCAAUCAAUAACAAUCUUUGAAUAGCAAUCAGCAACAACAACAAAGUCCCAAAGAUAUGAAGAAAUCUACUCUGAUAUCUGGAAUCACUAUCAGAGCUAAGCACAGUAUCAAAAUGGAUAGAUCUGAAAAACAGAAGAGGUUUGGAGCUGAAAGAUCAAUGAAUUUCACUAAAUUCCUGUCGGAAGAUGCUUUAAAUAAGAACAAUGAAGAUCUGAGAAGUUUGGAUGAGAAGGACUUUCUGAAUAAAUUGAUUACUAGUGAAAGUAGAAAAUAAACAGAAGAAGCUAUCUUGAUACUAAUGAUAUGUCACAACACCUAAUCCACCUACAAUAAAUCUGAAGAUACAUUCAAACAUGAAUUUUCAUCAAAAAUAGAUAAUCUACAAUUAGAAUUCAUCUCUCAUUUCAAUUACAGAUUCAUAUGCUCAGCAGUAAAUAAGAGUAAAUACAUUGUUGAAAUCAAUGGCAGACUGACAGAAGUACCUGUUACUGUAACUCAAUUGGAACAUUAUAAAGUAAGUGUGAUACUAACAAAAUAAGAUUACAGAAGAUUUUUUGAAGAUAUCGAUUAAGCAUAUGAUUAUGUUUAAUUUAUCAGAGAUGAUAGUCAAGAGAUGAGUGAUUAGAUAUUAAUGAAUAAGGAGGAGAGGGAGAAAUGGGACAACAUGAUCUAUAAACUCUAUAUGAAUGGAUGCAGACCAGUAGUAUUCUUUAAAUCCUUUAUGGACAACACUUAAUAUUAGCAAUUCUUAAAAAACCCUUUGUAAGAAUUGAAAACAUAGCCAAGAGCCUAUGAAUUGAGUCUCGUUAUAGGAAUCAAGGAGAAAUUAAGAAAGUCUAUUACCACAGUCAUUAAAAAUUUCCUUGCUGCAGAUAUGAUCAUUUGGAUUGCCAGUGGAGAUUCCUUAGAUAAAGUUUUGCCCAUUGCCUAUAAAACAGAAAUUUUGAAGGACUUGAUACCUAUAAUCCAUUUUGAUUCCCAAGAUGCCACUCUAUAGAUCAAAUAAUAAAUCUAAUGGUUAUAUAACAAUCAAAUAAAGCAUUUGAAGGAGGAUUCAACAAUUCUAGAAAAACGAUUAUCUGAUCGCUUAGCGAUGAGUCCAAGUCAGAAACGCAAAUCUAUCCACACAAGUGGCCGUAGAUAGAGUGCCAAAGGAUUCCUGCCUGGACUAUAGAGUUCUCAAUAAAGAAUUAAACCGUUUUCUAUUCUGAUUCAUGGAGAGACUUUGGAUAAAAUAUCAUAAGAUAAUUCAAUGUUCAAUCAUUUGUGUUUUAUCGUUGCAUUCUCCACGUCAGUCGUAGGUUAUAGGAUGACGAAGACUCAAAAGGCAAUACUAGUUAAGAUCCUCUAAGAAAAAUAGGUUUGGAGAAGAAGAGUCUUAGUAAUUGGGGAUGAUAACAAUGAUAGUAGAUUGAUGGCAUACUCUGAUUUUGCUAUUUAGUUAUAGAGUCAAAGACUUUAUCAGUAGGUUGCCGUUGAAAAGAUGGAGCAAUUGCAGAGAACUAAAAAGGAUUCAAAAAGUAUCAAACUCCAUUAGAUCACGUUUAAGCCUGCAAUAAAGGAUUUCAAAAAGUAUUAGUAUAAUAAUAUACCUUAUGUUGGCACAACAGAUAUCGUUGUUAAAGAUUAUCCAAAUUUAAUAUGCACAGUUUUAUCUGAAAGUAGACAGUCAGCAGAGUUGUUGGAGAAUAUCAUAACCUUCUCGUUCUAUCGAAGUUAUCUGCUCUGUUUUACAUUGUUUUUUUAGAUUCUAUUCAAAGGCAUCACCUAUUAUCCUCCUUUAGAUUACUUUCAAAGCUUUUUAUAUAUCAUUCCAAGUCUCUUGUUAUACAUUCAGAGGAUGACUCCAAAAAGGGAGAAAGCCACCAACAUCAAAAAUUAACUCGUCUAUUUCUUUAAUCAAAAUCAACUAGAUUUUAGACAGAUGAGAUACUGGCUAUUCUUUUACAAGGUAAUACUCUAUUCAGCAUCUGAAGCCUUAAUUAUAGCAAUCAUGAUUAGUACUAUGGAUAUAAGGAACAACAAUGGGAAAACCUUUGAUGAGGAGAUGAAAUCGAUCCAGAUGUUUGUUAUCAUAUUGUUAUUGGACUUAACAAAAUAAUUAACUCAUGCUAGUUUGUACUAAUAUAUGAUAUUGCCUAUUUCUUAUUUUGCUUUCUGUACUAUUGGUUACUUGGACUACUUUGCUUAUAAUAUGUUUGAUCUCUUCUAAUACAUUAUAUCUUUUGAAUCAUUCUUAUUUAUAUUAUCAUUGCAACUAUUGUUUUUUUGUUUUUAGAAGACUCUAACUCAAUUUCAUUCCAUUUAUGUUCAUACUACCCUAUACAAAGAGGAUGAUCAGAUUGAAAUAAAUAAUAAGAUCAAACCGAUCUAAAUACAUAAUUAGAAAAGAAGAAAGGAUAAUUUGGUGAUAAAUAUCCAGAAAUAUAUAUUGAAAUUGUUUAAGACCGAAGAAGAAAUAGAUCCAAUAAUAAAGUAGAUAUUAUCUGGGAUAGUAUUGAGUGUAAAGACAACUAAAAUAAAUAAGAUUACUUAAACCUUCAAAAAUAUUCAAUUAGAAAUCAAAUAUCAAUUAAAUGAGUUACCAUCUAUAAUCGAAUAUUACAGACUGUAUUAUCCACUUAGUUGGAUGUUAGUGGAAGGGGCAAUCCUAGUUUAGAUUUGGUUGAUCAAUCGAGAUGUUGAUUAUACUUGGUUUUUGUAUUUUACAAUUGGAUAUAAUGCAGCAUAGGUGUUGAUGGCAUUGUUCAUAUACACAGUGGCAUUCUAGAAAUAUCAUUUCAGAAUUAGCAAGAUUUUGAUCACAAGUAGGUUGAUAUAUAAAAUUGUUUAUGAUGCUUAUUUUUAUCAGGAUAAUGACAAUGAGUUGACAGACAUGUUAAUCAUGUAGUUAUUUAUGUUGUAGCCAUUAAUAGAUGAUAGACCUUUGACAAUCAUCUUCUAUUGUUUUGCUCUCAAUAUCAGUUUUAUAAUCAGGUUCAGUGCUAAUAAUACGACCAGUGAUGCCAACUUUAAUAAAUACAUUAUGUUGAAUUACUAUUUGAUUGCAUUAAUGCAGACAGCAUUGUCAAGUGGAAUGCAUUUUAGAGUUCAGAGAAAUUCAAGAGAGGAGUUCAUCCAAAUGCUGACUUUGGAUCAAUAGACGAAUUCAAUUAGUGACACUUUGAGUAUUUUGAUGCCGAAGUUCAUUAGAAAUAUAAUCAAUUAGAAAGGCGAAUUCGACAUUUAAGAGAAUCAAGGAGAAGUGGCAAUAUUAUUUUGUGAUAUAUGCUAAUUUGAUAAAAUAAUCAAGGCAGAAAAGGAGAAUGUGAUACAUUUAUUGGAUAUCUUAUUUAGAUAAUAUGAUUCAUUGUGUAGUCAAUAUGGAUUAUAGAAGAUAGAAACUGUGGGUAAAACCUAUAUGGCAGCUGCAGGAUUAAAGAACAUUGUCUCUUAAAACAGUGCUAAUCCAGUACUUAGAGCAAUCCAAGUGGCAUUUGAAAUGAGGAAAUUUGCAUCGUAAUAAGAUUUUUGUGGAUCUGGGGAAAUAAUAGUGAAAAUAGGUGUUCAUUAUGGCAAUGUGAUUGCAGGAGUGAUUGGUUAUCAUAAGCCUUAGUUCUCAUUGAUCGGUGAUACGGUUAAUACUACAAGUAGAGUAUGUUCGACUGGUUAAGAUGGUCAAAUCAAGAUUUCUGAAGACGCUUAUAAAUUAGUUAGUGGUUCAUAGGAUUUCAUAUUUACAAAGGAUUUUGUAGAAGCAAAGGGAAAAGGAGUCUUAGUAACUUAUAUAUUAUCCGAAUAGGAACAAAGAAAAUCAUUAAGACAUAAGAAGUAGUGUGUGAAGGAUGGAAGAGGUAAGAAUAAUCUACAGAAUUCGGUGGCUACACAGGAUAAUUCAGAGAGGGUAGGGAGGAAUCAGAAAGUGAAGAGAAAACCAACACUUGUUUUGCCUCAUUUGAAAUAGAGUAAUCCGAAAUUACAACACAAGUCAAGUCUUAAUGUAGAUGGGCAAUAACAAUAGAAUUCGCAUGGGGAUAGUGAUCAUGCAAAUUAGAUAGGGUAUAAAAUGAGUGUGGAAGGAGCCAAUUUGAUAGAAGCAAUAGAGAUUAAAUUGGGAAAAGAGAACUUAUUGGUGGAUGAGAAUUUUGAUUUUCCCAAUAGUGAGAUAGAGAAGGAGAAACUGAAGCAAUUAUAUUAGAGUGAUGAGGAAUUCAUAGAAACAGAUGUUUUGAUCUUGGACAAAAGAAAACUCUUUUUGGACUUUGAUCCAGAGGUUGACUAAUGUCAUAUACAUGAUUUCUAUAGGGAAUUAACUAAGAAAAAUACAGUGUUGGUAAUUUUAUUGAAGGCAGGAGUGACAACAUUGUUGUUGGUCUAAAACACAUCAACCAUAUUGAUUGCAUAGAUAUUUGAGAACUAAUAUACUUGGUAUAUCAAUCUAUCUUUUGGAUAUGUAAUUGUGGCAAUCAAGAUUGUAUUCUUAGUGUUAUUGAUAAUGAAAUAAUACAGAGAGAAAUAUUUCAAGGAGAUUUACUUCAUCUACAGUUAUAUUAUAACAAUGAUAUGGUGGAUCAUUCAUAUCUUCUCUUAUUAGAGUUUCAUAGUAGGAGAAAUCUGUAUUGCUGUUGGAGUCUUCUUGUCAUUCAUGACUUAGUUGAACCCUAUUAUCAAGAUGAAAUACAAGGUUAUAGAGAGUAUCUCGAUGAUUUCAGUCAAUUUGAUUGUGGUUCUGGUCAAAAAUUGGGAAAAGAGUCUCAUUUAUUAUGCCAUCAUCUUAUAAUUAAUCUUUAUUUCUAAUCAGAUCUAUAAAUUCAAUAAGAAUGUCCAAUUAUAUAACAAUAAAUGCAAACUAAAGGCUAAGCAUUAAUAAUUAGACUCCUUGGUUAAACAUCAAUUACCAAGUCAUAUGCUCGAACAAUUUCUCAAAUUCUAACAACAAAGAGCUGUCCUUAAAGACAGUUAUGAAAAUGUUACUCUCUUAUUUGCUGACAUUGCUGGUUUUACUGAAUAUUCCAGCAAAGUAUCCCCAGAGUAGGUUGUAUUUAUGUUACGCAACCUUUUCACUGAGUUUGAUAAGUGCUGCUAAGAAAAGUCAGUCUAUAAAUUGUAUACAAUCGGAGAUUGCUAUGUUGUGAUGGGUAUGUUAGAUGCCAAAGAUAGGAAUAUAGCAUAGGAGGCUAAGAAUACUGUGGAAUUGGGAUUUGAGAUGAUUAGCAUUAUCAAGAGAGUCAGAGACCAUAUUAAUUUUCAAGGGUUGGACAUGCGUAUUGGAAUUCACACAGGUAAUAUUAUAGGAGGAGUCUUGGGUACUGAAAUUGUUAGGUAUGAUAUCUAUGGACCAGAUGUUCUUAUUGCGAAUAAGAUGGAAUCAAAGGGAGAAAGGGGUAAUCUCCAGGUUUCUUCAACAACCAAAGAAAUCUUGGAGUAACACUACCCUGAAGAAUUCCGAUUCUGCUUUCACACGCGCGUAGAUAUACCAUCUAUAGACACAUCCACUGAUGGAUAUUUCAUUACUAUUAGAACCUUUGAUGAACUUUCCAUGGAUUUGCAGGAACAUCAUUCAGAAAGUUGUCGUUGAGUACUAACAAUAUUCUAUUUACAUUUUAUAAUCUAUGUACUUUA